CUUCCGUUGUUGCAAUUGCCUGAAGUUAAUACAGAAUCGUCGUGAAAAGCCUAAAGUAUAGCCUAACAUCAGCUGUUGUUUUGUCUCUCUUUUCAUUUUGAUAAAUAAUUUACGUGCUUAUUAACAUGACUUCCAUCUACAAAGACAAUGAUCCACAUUCUUUGGAGCUUGUGGAAGAUCUUGGUCAAGAUAACAGUCAAGAGGAGUUGGACUUUUCUUACCUGUUUUUGUACAACCCAUCUGACGACUUUCGCGUGAUUGAAGCAGACAACUCAGGGGUUCCCCCUCGCGGAGAUCACAACCCCUCAUCUAUGGUGCCCUACCCUUGUGACGGAAGCUCCAGUAACGCCCCUACAACCUCCAGCCAGUCCUCUUACCACCAUGGGCCUGCCCCUGACAGCCUGUCUGGGCCUGGGUUUAACUCGCUGGAUCUCCCCUCCAUGCAAAGGGGUGCUCCCUCUCCUAGCCCCAGGAUUGAGAUCACCCCAUCAGGGGACCCUCACCAGACUCAUCCCCUGGACGCAAGCCCCAGAACCACGGCCCUGACUGUGCCUGGCUAUGAGAACACGGCCUACCGAGAGCCCCAGAGCCCUGCCAGCAGCAACUCCUCCACUGGCUGGCUGUCUGAGGCCUACUCGCCCUGGGUCUCGCCUUGUGUAUCUCCCAGUGGUGGUGGGGGCGUGGUUGGCUUGACCGCCUUGGACCUCCUCCCGGGCCUCCAGGGCAUCCAUACGUCCUCGGCCCACUCCUCCCCUGGGACCUCCCCGCGCACCAGCAUCACAGAGGAGCCUUUCCUGGUACCGCAGAGACAGCGGUCUUCCUCGCCACACUCCCACAAUUACCCCCGCUCUCGCUCCGCCUCUCCUCAGGGAAAACGCACCUACGACCAGUACAGCGGCCCCAAUCUGGGGACCACCAGCCAGCAGCAGCAGCGCUCCCGGAGCCCAAGCCCCAGCCCCUCGCCUCACCACCCCCAAGGACGACCCUUGGCCCAGACUGACCCACAGGCCAAUGCCCCUCAGCAGAUGCCCAGCGUUGAAGAGGUGUUGAGCAGCCUCAACUCCAGCCUCAGCUCCAGCAUGCCCAGGGCGGUCCCCUCCAAGAUGGUGCGGCCCAGUGUUGAGUGCUAUACGUAUGGAGAGAGCCAGGGGGAGCAUGGGCAGAGAGGCAGAGCUGGGGCUGAGACCUUCUACAUCCUCCCUACAUCUUUCUGGCCGGCUUCACUAGCCCAUGGAGCCUUCAGUGGCAUCCCUGUGCCAUCUCUGCCCCCUCUAGAGUGGCACUUGCCCAGUCACUCCGACCAGUAUGAGCUCUGUCUGGAGCAGCAGCCUAAACAGCACCACCGGGCCCACUACGAGACAGAGGGCAGCAGGGGAGCAGUCAAAGCGGCCAGCGGAGGACACACUGUGGUUCAGCUUCAUGGGUACAGAGGCACUGCUCCACUGGGCCUGCUGGUGUUCAUCGGAACGGCUGACGAGAGGCUCCUCAAACCCCAUGCCUUCUACCAGGUGCACCGCAUCACGGGGAAAACGGUCACCACACCAAGCCAAGAGAGAAAGGUCAAUGGCACCAAGGUCCUGGAGAUCCCUCUGGAGCCCAAGAACAACAUGAGAGCAGUGAUUGACUGUGCUGGGAUACUAAAGCUGAGAAAUGCUGACAUCGAGCUCAGGACAGGCGAGACAGACAUGGGACGCAAAAACACCUGUGUCCGCCUUGUCUUUCGGGUCCAUAUUCCUCAACCAGGAGGACAGUAUGUCUCUCUUCAAGUGGCCUCCCUUCCCAUCGAGUGUUCCCAGAGGUCGGCCCACGAGCUUCCCACUGUAGAGCGCCAGGACGUGGAGCGCUGCUCGGUUCUAGGGGGACAGCAGGUGAUACUGACAGGACAGAACUUCACCUCUGAUUCCAAGGUGGUGUUCACAGAAAAGACACCUGACGGGCUGCAAAUCUGGGAAGCAGAAGCUACAGUAGACCGAGACAAGAGCCAGAAAAGCAUGCUGUUUGUGGAGAUCCCUCCGUAUCGAGAUCCCACCAUUCAUCACGCGGCUAAAGUCAACUUCUAUGUGAUCAACGGGAGGAGAAAACGCAGUCAGGCGCAGCACUUCACCUACACUCCUUUAACCGUUCCCGCCAUUAAAACGGAACCCGUAGAUGACUUCCAGUUCGGCCAGCUGGGCUGCGCUGUCUCCCAAAUCCUAGGAAUGUCAUCCAAGUCCUACCACCACACCCCCAGUAGCCACCUCAACCCUAAUAGCCACAUAGUGGCUGGCAUGACAUCCUUGGCAUCCUGCCAGCGUGCGAGCCAUCAUGAUCCCAAUGCCUAUCAACCACAGGACCCAUCUGUCUAUUACCCCAGUAAAAGCCGAAGCCUGGGUAGCACCCCUGUCCUGAAUCAAGAUAUGAACCACCACCCAGUGAUGGUCCACAGUGGUUCCCCAUCUCAGAUGUCCUAUACCCAGCACUACUCCAGCCAAGUGUCCCAACCCUUCCACCCCUCUCGCUCGGCCACCAAUCAGCGAGUUGUCAACGUAGCUGUCCCAUUGGCCCAACACCAGCACGCCACCAUGGUUGGUGAUGGGUACCGGGCUGCAGCUUCAUUAUGGAAGGUUGGUGACUCGCCAGAGGCCUGUUCCUCAGAAGGCCAGUACCAGGGCUUCAUGCACUCGGUGGUGCCUGUCUUGAGCAGGUCUCCACCACGACACAGCCACAUCCUGACCCAGAGAAGUCCAGCCGCUACAGGGAGCCAGAGUGGGCCAGUCCCUGGGAAGGUGACAGCGAAGCAAGAAAACCUGAACCAAGCCUAUCUGGAUGAUGACAGCAUCAGAUACAUGGGCGAAACAUACUGAGACAGAGGGGCGCUGUUUCCCUCACUCGGAUGAGAUUUCUCCAGUGAGAUUCAGCCACUUGUGAAUUGAAGGAAAAUUAUGAAAACACAGAGAGAAGAAAGAUGUAUUGGUCAAAUAUUUGGGGAAGCCUGGCUUCCCUUUGCAUUCAUGAAUACACGCCACUGAGCAUAUACCAAACGUUUUAUUUUCAAAGCCUUUUAACAUUUAAUUCAGUUUGUGUCAUGCUAAUUUAGAUUUUUGUGACCCGCGGAAACAACUUUAAAGGUGACGACCACAAAAUGUAAAAUCCUCAAAAGUUGUUAAAAGAAACCUGCACGGCUAUGCCAACAUAGCUCGGUGCUCAUUAUCGAAUGUAUUACGUACAAAUCCAACUUUUUUUAUAUAAUGCUAAGGAUAUGUUAGAGGAAGACCCCACUGAACGAUUCAGAACAUGAAUAAUAAUUUGUCUUGGUAAAAUGUAUUUUAUAACAUAAGGAAGUUACAUUUCAUCACCAAAGAGCGUUUUCACCGACACCAUACUGUAUAUACUGUAUUGUGGAUGCAGAUGGAAUCCAGUUAGGGGUAUGCAGUGCCGAAUUUCAAUAAGUGUGUUGACCAUGGGCUACCUUUUAAACAGUUGUAUUAUUUUAUCAUGUGUAAUCAUGUAUGUGGCCUCAAUGUAAGCUUUUGUAAUUGUAAAUAAAAACAACUUCAUGAAAAUGGCUGUAUUUACUAAGAAAAUUAUGAAAAAAACUGAAUAUGAUUGAGAAACAUAUUUUUUCUGUCAUGAUGUUGGCAAUUUCAUUUUAUUUUUUUAUUUUAUUAUUUUAUUUAGUCUGCCUGUCAUUAAAAUAUAUAUUUAAAAUCUUCUUGUUUGUUGAUUAAAUGGAU